GGACUGUGCUGACAUUUACAGACGGCUUACCAUGGAGGCGAAAGAGUUGGGACGCCAGGAUUUUCCAGAGCUGAAGAAUGACACGUUCUUGCGAGCAGCCUGGGGGGAAGCAACAGACUACAUUCCCGUUUGGUGCAUGCGGCAGGCAGGCCGCUACUUACCAGAGUUUAGGGAAACUCGGGCUACCCAGGACUUUUUCAGCACCUGUCGCUCCCCUGAGACCUGCUGUGAACUGACUCUGCAGCCACUACGUCGAUUCCCUCUGGAUGCUGCCAUCAUCUUCUCCGACAUCCUUGUUGUGCCCCAGGCACUGGGCAUGGAGGUGACCAUGGUGCCUGGUAAAGGACCUAGCUUCCCAGAGCCGUUAAGGGAAGAACGGGACCUGGAGCACCUACGAGAUCCAGCAGCAGCAGCCUCUGAGCUGGCCUAUGUGUUCCAGGCCAUCACCCUUACCCGACAGCGGCUGGAUGGGCGUGUGCCACUGAUUGGCUUUGCUGGUGCGCCGUGGACCCUGAUGACGUACAUGAUUGAGGGUGGCAGCUCAAGCACCAUGGCUAAGGCCAAGCGCUGGCUCUACCAGAGACCUCAGGCCAGUCACCGGCUGCUUCGUAUCCUCACUGACACACUGGUACCAUAUCUAGUGGGACAAGUGGCUGCUGGUGCCCAGGCAUUACAGCUCUUUGAGUCCCAUGCAGGGCAUCUUGGCCCACAGCUCUUCACCAAGUUUGCACUACCCUAUAUCUGCGAUGUGGCCAAGCGGGUGAAGGUCGGACUGCAGGAGGCAGGCCUGGCACCAGUGCCCAUGGAGGAGAUCAGGCAGCUGGUGCAGCAGAUGCUGAAUGACUUUGGGCCACAGCGCUACAUUGCCAACCUGGGCCAUGGGCUUUACCCUGACAUGGACCCAGAACAUGUGGGGGCCUUUGUGGAUGCUGUGCACAGACACUCACGUCUGCUUCAACAAAACUGAGCAUGUACCUUCUCCCCCAAGUACCACCAACACAGAUGAUUAUUUCCAGAAGAAUAAAAGUCCCAGAGUUGGAAUCUAGUAUGUUGUUUUGUUUGUGAAAGAUCUGUGCCCUUAUCCUUACUUCUUUUUAGCCUCUGCUCCUUUCCUGGGGCUUCUCUCUGCACUUUUUCCUCAGGGAGCUCAGGUUAUCAGUGAAUAUGUGCUACAGGAAUUAACGUCAGGAUCCUCACUGUCCCCUUGGUCCUAGAUAUCUAAGCCUCAGAGCUACAGGGGUUGGGUACAGCUUCCUAACAGUUGGGGCUGUAACAUUUGCAGAGAAAGGGGUGGGGCCCCCACAGCAUACAAAGGCCAAACUGACCAGGCUUUGUGUCUGGGCAGAGAGGGGAGUAUAGAUUAAAAGAGGGCACAGAAGUGGCUGGAACACUUCAGAAAGGACUGGGGAGGAAGAUGAAGUCUGAGUGAGCAGGGAGAAGUUGAAGGGCCUUCAGCUUUGAUGCCGAAAGAUGGGGAAGGCACAAAGACUCAGAGCUAGGAGCUGGGUUGGUUAGGCCUUAGAGCAGACUGCCAUCACCGAGGCGAGAAAGCCUUCAAAGCCAGAAGCCUCUCUGGCGCUCAGGGUUGUUCUGCAUUCUCUCUGGAGCACAUCCUCUAAUUUUCUCAGGAUCUUGGUGUUUCUUCACAUAGUGGCAUCUAAAUCCUGAGACAAGGCUCUGUGGUGCCUGUGAGAACUGGAGAGAGGUCUGGCAUGGCAGAAAAUUCCUCAUCUGAUAUAUCUCCUCAGACCACCAGGAACCCACUGUGUUAC